AAGCAAUAGUGAGUGAAAAUAGAACAAGGUCUCUUUUUUUUUAUUAUUUUUUGUUUUUCAAUUGGUAUUAUUAUGUCAAGUACCUCUUUAUUCAAAUGGAUGGGACUAGGACAACAGUCGGGCAAACCAGUCAUGGGUGAUGAUGUUGUCGAUGAAGGAGAACGUUAUUUUGGCCUUGAGAACUUUGGCAACACUUGCUAUAGUAACUCUGUUGUUCAAGCAUUGUAUUUCUGUAAACCAUUUCGAGAAUGUGUCCUGAAUUUUCCUCACCAGGCUACCAUACCUAUUCCACAACCUAUCUUACCCAAUUCGCCUUCUACUACUGCUUUUCAUGGUGCUUAUUUCUCAAAUGGUAUACCCAAGACGCAUCACCUUAAUCCUCCCAUGCAUGGUAAUACAACACCCACCACUAGUACAACUACCAUCACACCCACCACUGAAAAAGACCAAAACAAUGUGAAUGUAGCGCCUGGGAUGGAAGAUACCUUGUUUUCUUCUCUCAAAGAUUUGUUUUGGAAGAUAUCGACCAACAAGAAGAAAUCAGGCGUGAUUGCACCUGUCAAUUUCAUUAACAAAGUCAAAAAAGAAAAUGAAUUGUUUCGUUCAAGUAUGCAUCAAGAUGCUCAUGAAUUUCUGAAUUAUAUCUUGAACACAAUUGCUGAAGAUGUACAGAAAUAUCAACAGAAACAAGCUGAUGAUGCAAGUAUCCAUAGUAACAGUAGUCAAGUCACUCAUCCCAAGACAACAUGGGUGCAUCAGUUAUUUGAGGGUGUCUUUUCAAACGAAACAAAAUGUUUAUCUUGUGAGACUGUGACAAGUCGAGAUGAAUGCUUUAUGGAUUUAUCGAUUGAUGUCGAGAUGAAUUCAUCCAUUACGUCUUGCCUUAGACAAUUCUCUGCUAGUGAGACUUUGUGUCAUAAAAACAAGUAUUUCUGUGAUGUUUGUUCUGGUCUCCAAGAAGCAGAAAGAAGAAUGAAGAUUAAAAAGUUGCCUAAUAUUCUAGCAUUGCAUCUAAAGAGAUUUAAAUACCAAGAGCAAUUGCAGAAAUAUAUCAAGUUAACUUAUAGAGUUGUCUUUCCAUUUGAAUUAAGAUUGUUCAAUACAAGUGAUGAUACAGAAGAUGCGGAUAGAAUGUAUGAAUUAUGGGGUAUUGUUGUUCAUAUUGGAAGUGGUCCUCACCAUGGUCAUUAUGUAUCUAUUAUCAAAAGCAAUGGCCAAUGGAUGUUGUUUGAUGAUGAUAUUGUCACUGUAAGUUGAUAAGAGAGUCAAUCGACAGAUGAUUCAUACAUGAUUAGCAAAUACAAGAAGAAGAUAUCCAUAAAUAUUUUAGUGAUCUUCCAGGUAGUGGAUCUGGUUAUGUCUUAUUCUAUCAAGCAGUGAAUUUGGAUAUGGAUACUAUCCAAUUACCCACUGCUGAAGCACCUCCUCAAGGAUUUGACUCUAAUUUGUCUAUUGUACCUAAUGAAUCCUUUGACUUAAAACCGCCCACUGUCAAAGAAGAGCCUGAGCCUAUUCAGGAACAAGUGGUUGAAGAGAAAAAGACACGUUGGGGAUUAGGUAGAAGAAAAAAAUAAAAUCAAUAAAACAUGAACUAUGUUCUGAGUCUAAAA